AGACUAACUGAUAGGGGAAAAAGUUAAUUUUCUCGACGUUUCCUCGAUUUCUGUGAAAUCGCAGGAAAAGUUCACGGCAAGAGAGCAAUCAUUGCUUGCGAGAAACCCUGUUCCAUUAGAAGACCUUCGCGGGGCUUCCCAUCGGGUAUAAAUAUCAUUGUUCCUAUCCUUUCAGCAUCAGUUAUUCUCUCUUCCGUCAAGCGAAGUGAGCGGUGGACAAAAAUUUUCAGAAUCAUGAACCCCGCGAUUCUCUGUCUUGCUAUGGGGCUUGCACUUCUCUCAUCGAAUAUUCGUACAGCUUCUGCAGGCAUCGCCGAGCUUCUCAACGGCGUCGACAACGCUGACUUAGUGCCUCCGGCACACAUCGCUGUGUCGAAUUCGCUGAGGGAGGCUCUGGAGGACAACAACGUCGGCGAUUCUUGUCAAGUAGAAUAUCAAGUGACUAAGCGUGCGGUGGGUCGCUGCGUUAAGUUAGGCCGCGACAUCCGAGCCUGCGUUUCCGGUACAUAUCUGGACCCCUUUCAUCCGGAAUGUAUGUAAUUCGCAACACGCUCACUGAAGCGGAAGUUGAAGGAGAAGACCUUUGGCACAUACUGCAAGAAUCUCUGAGAUCUCACACAAUGUUUGCUUAUUACUGAUUAAAUCAAGGUUUAUUAUUAUUCUGGAUCGUUUAUUUCUGAGAAAGGGUAUGUGAUAAAUAUUCUAACGAAUUUUUCGUUGCCUCCAUUUAUCAUCUGGAAUUUGUAUUUUAUUAUGCUUCAAUUGAAUGUUACUUUGUAUAAUUCUGACAUGUAUAUACUUUCAUUUAAAUAACAUACACAAAUUUUUAUCAAUAAAGAACAUACUCGAACCUUUGCUAUAAA